UACAUUGGCACUGCGGCAGCUUCCUGCAGACAUGUGGAAGGCCUAAUGGUCCUAUUGGCCGCCACCCUGACGUCACUACCUGCCGCUGCCGACGGGCAGAUCACCACCAAGUUAGACAAUCUGGACCAGGACCGGAUCCUUAACAGUGACCGGCUCUUAAACGCGUACGCGGAGUGCCUCCUGUCCGAUGGAAAGGAUCGAUGUACCCCAGAGGGCACAGAGCUGGAGGUGCUCCUUGUGGCAGGCUUGCAGACUGACUGCGCCAAGUGCAACGAUAAUCAGAAGGCGAGGAUGGAUAAGAUCAUCAGGUUCACAAUAGGCAACAAGAAGGACUUCUGGGAGAAGUUGAAGGCCAAGUAUGACCCCGACGACAAAUAUUUCAAGAAUUACGAGCGGCGCUUCAGCGUGACCUCUUGAGCACGCUGCACCACACAGCUCAUAGAACACUACAUGUGCCCGGUGGGCGUCCUCUCUUGCAGGACCAA